AAUUGGGUGUUAACGACAUGUCGGGUCUAGAGAGUUACCUUUUGACUUCUUCUUCCCUUUCAUUUCCUUUCUCCAACAAUAAAAGGUCGCAAGUCCAGUGUACUCCUCCAAGACGAUCGCCGUUUGACAUUGCUCCGAUAAAGAGAAGACCGAUCUUGAUCGUAAUGGCAUCACCGUCAGCAGGCAUACAAAAGCUACUUCAUGUAGGAACCAAGAUCGUUGCUGUUGGCCGUAACUACGCUGCUCACGCCAAAGAACUAGGCAACGCCGUCCCUAAGGAACCGGUGUUGUUUAUGAAACCGACGUCAUCUUAUUUGGAAAACGGAGGUACGAUCGAGAUUCCACAACCGUUGGAGUCGUUGCAUCAUGAAGUCGAGCUUGCUGUUGUUAUUGGCCAGAAAGCUCGUGAUGUGCCUGAAUCAACUGCCAUGGAUUAUGUUGGAGGGUAUGCGCUUGCAUUGGAUAUGACUGCUAGGGAAAUACAAGCUACUGCUAAGUCUGCAGGGCUCCCGUGGACUGUGGCUAAAGGGCAGGACACAUUCACACCUAUCAGUUCUGUUCUUUCCAAGUCAAAUGUGCUUGACCCUAACAACUUGGAACUAUGGUUAAAGGUAGAUGGAGAAAUACGCCAGAAAGGUUCUACCAAAGAUAUGAUCUUUAAAAUCCCAUUUCUCAUUAGCCACAUCAGUUCUAUCAUGACACUCUUUGAAGGAGAUGUUAUAUUAACAGGCACCCCACAAGGUGUUGGCCCUGUAAAAAUAGGUCAAAAAAUAACAGCUGGUAUAACAGAUCUUAUCGAUGUGCACUUCAAUGUUGAGAAACGCAAAAGGCCUGGAAGUUGCUGAGCAUCCUCACAUCCCAUCUAGCGGCACGAAACAUCAGUAAGGGGGCGUUUGAUACUAUGAUAUUUAAGAUUAUACGGAGAAAGUGAUUCGAGAGGUCAAGUAUUUUUAUGUUUGGUUGAAUUCUUGGGAAUCUCAAAUGCCCUAGGACGCUGGAAAUGUGAUUCUCUUCUAAAAUAAUCAGAGUUUGAGAUGUCAGCUUUCAACUUUUUGACGUAAAUGCAUCCAAACUUUAUGUUAAA